GAUGCCGGAAUUUCUCAAAAAAGUUUGUUUCAAAUGGAAAGAUUUACUCAACCGUCUACGGGAGAGAUUAGAGUAUGUUGGAGCCAUCAAGAAGCAUAUGACAGAGGUAAAGAUCGACAGAGGUUACAGUCGGGUAGUUAAUGGGUUUUCGUGGCAUUUCUUCCACUUGGAUUUAGACCUUAACUUGGAGAACUUGUUGCCUGGUGAUCCUCCAAUGGAUGUAAGACUGAAGUCAAGAAGGCUCGACAAGCGUCCGUGUGACUAUAGACUUCUGAGAAACUUGGAAGAACAAUACGUUAUGGAACCGUUCCAAAACACUGACCCUUCUGUCUAUUGUUGGACCGAAAUGGAUUUUACGUAUCGCAAUACUCGUAGAAUGCAUUGCUUUUGGAGGCCGCCUCAUGCUGGUUGGGUCAAGCUGAAUUUCAGCGGAAAAUGCACAAGUGAUGGUGGAAAUGCACCAGCGGGAUUUGGUGGAAUCUUCCGCAAUGAACAUGGGAGUUGUUUGGCUAUGUAUAGUGGCAGCAUUGGGGGAGCGGAUACGGUGGUUGCAAAUGCAGAGGCACUGAGGCAAGGAUUGAGAUGUUUGCAAUACUUGUUUUCUCCCGUUAGAAAAUUGAUCAUGGAGGGAGAUGAUGUCCGCAUUAUCAGGUGGAUGAACGGUGGCCCUGAGCCACCGACGAGAGUUGCUGAAGCAUUGUCUGAGAUUUUCGAGCUGUCGGCGGGGAUAGAGCCCGUGAUUCGACAUGUUUACGAGGAAGCUAAUUCAAUGGCAAUUGAGUUGGCAAAGAGAGGCACGGGGCUUCCGAAUCUUCGUGUUUGGGUAUCUCCAUCACUUGAGGAUCUGUUUGCUUGAAGCAGUCUAUAGCCAGGGCCAUUAGAAACACCAUUGCUUUGGUUUGAUAUAUAUGAUACUUUUGCAUUGAAAAGGCUGGAACGGGGGAUGGAGUUGUGCAGGGGUACACAGCACCGUGCCGUGCACCAUCGGAACCGUCUGUUCGGCGAUCCAAUGGUCUAUUGGAUUGCCGAACGGACGGCUCGGAUUUGUGCACCGCCUGCACAGCACCAUCCCCGUUUCCGAAAGGGCUUUAGAAUUAUGUUGUAUUUAGUUUUUUCCAUGAGCUAUGGCCUGUUGGUUUUGGUAAAUCUAACACAGAACAAUCAAG